AUGGUGUGGUUAAUAUUGGGAUUUUUAACGGUGAUAUUUACAUUGGGAACAUCAGGUCAAGAUAUCAAGUUCCCAGAUGACGAGAACAGUGGAGAUGUGUUGAGUGGUAACAAUGCAACGGAGGUAACUGAGCGCGUUCCACUUGACAUAGAAGAUCGAUGUCCUGAAAACAUGCUUCUGUAUCCAGGGGAUGGCGCUCAGAGCGUCUGGGAGUGUGAUUGUAAACCUGGCUAUCUCUACUUUCCGCUCAACAAUUCAUGCCACCCUGCAUACAGGCAGGGCCCUUGCCGGCCCGAAAAUUACGCUGUUCUACCACAAGGAGAAGUAGUCCCAAAGUGUGAACGGAAUCCCUGCAAGCAAGAUGGCUUGGUUUCUUACAAUAAUACGUGUUACGAGUUGAGGAAAAUAGGGGGGCCGUGUGCUCAAAACGAAUAUCUAAUUGUCAACGACGCCACAUUUCAGUUGGAAUGUACAUCGGCAAGUACUGAUCCGUUUAUGAUCAUAGAUGCACCACCGAAGCUGUGCCCCAAUGGGAGUCGUAGAAAUGCGCUUGGCAUUUGCAGAAAAAUGAUUUAG